GAACUCUCCAGACCCCUGAUAUCAUUUCUUUUAUCAAGCUAGCAUCCCCUUUCUCGUCCGCGGUUGUUCCCCUAUUACCAGAUUGGACAAAAAUUUCGAUUGAGUCACCCUGCGAAGCUUUACAUUCUAUGCCUCAGCUUCCCUUUUCUUCUAGCCCGAUUGUCUUAGGAGACGACUGCUCAUCUCCAAUUCGAGUGUCUUAUUCCAGCCUUGUUUCAUUUGUGCCUGAUUCCCAGGAGAAUCUCGAUCGGGAUUAUGAUUUUAUCACUUCCCCAAUUCGUGUCCAUGAAGAUCUCGAUUUGAGCCUGGAUAUUGAGCUAUUGUCGGCUUCAUGUGUUGGUGACAGUGUGGGGUGUGAUUGGUGCCCGAAUUCGUUUCCAUUUGAUCUUGAUACUUUGGAAAAGGCAAGUUUAGAAGUUGGGCGAUUGGUCAACUUAGAUCAUGGAGAUGGGCAAGAAGCAGUGGAGAGGGAAAUUAUUGCCAAGGCCAAAGAGAUGCAUCAACGAAAAUUGAGGACUCCUGGUUCUAAGCUCGAUAUGGAAAAGUAUCAAUUGGGGCCACUGGAUACGCCUCCAUCUAGUCCUCGGAAAAGCAAAAGGAAGGGUGGCAGCAGCAGCAAAUCAGGUAUCUAAUGGAAUCUUCAGUUUUUGUGUGAAAUGUUAGAAGGUUGGGCGAUGCGGAAAAGAAAGUUCGAAUAAAGCG